UACGCACUCGGUUACCGUCGCUAUUUGCAUAUCGAUUGGAUGUAGGAAAAGUCCUUUAACAAUGUUAGGUUUUGCCAUUUUUGGAAACCAUCCUCCCAAAGAGUUUGGUAUAAUAAUAAAAACCAUAGAAUAAUUUUAUUUAAUCAGCUUACUGGUUUUUUUAUGGCAUUUGUGUAUUUCCUGUUUUCGGUUUUGAUCCAGCCGGAUUUAUGUAAAUAUCCCUACAGGUAAAGUUUAAAAACCAUUUAAAAAAUGUAAAUGUGUAACUUCCGCCACAAAUUUAAUUUAAUAAAGCAACAUGUUUUAUAAAAAUUAUACAAUAAAUUCAAUUUAAUUAUCAAAUAAAAAUGGUAAAUUCAAACUUUUCCAUUUCUAUCUCCAUUUGUUGAGUAAUCUUGUAGAUUAAGAGCAGUGCUUAACUAAAUGUUGCACUAAUUUAUCAGCUAAUGACCACACGUCUUUCGAUUAAGAUGCAUAAAUUAUGGAAACAGGUGCUCCAUAUGCAGCUAGAUCCACCGAUCUUGGGUCGCCCAAACAAAGCAGCCUCAUUAAGAUCCAGAGAUUGUAAUCAAUCCAGUGGCCAUGUCAGCGGAGUGGAUCCGCUGUGGUGACGAGCGCUUUGAUUGGAACGCCUCUGGAUGCGACAUGCAUAUUAAUUAAUGGUGACCGGUGACUGUUACAUUUGGCUGGGCUCUAGUGGACACCGCGUCGGGCGGAAUUGGGCAAUGCGAAUCGGUAGUGGGAUAUUGCAACAGAAUACAAGACCUGGGAGCGAUUGCAAAUCGCUGGGCAGUCGGACAUGGAAGGCGGACUCAAUCGAUGGCCCUGCAGUUGGCCGAAUUUAUUCAAAUCAGUUGAAGUCCGCGUGGAGAAGCGUAUAGGUGUCGUCGUCUGCUCGGAUCUUCGUGUCAAUUGCAAUGUGCAAAUACGUCUUAAUUGCUGCACUGGCCGUAAUGUGCUCCCUGGUGCGAGUCCAAGCCACGCUGCACGAUCUGCCCCGGGUCUUUGACUUCUCCAACGUGGAUCUGGUGAACUUUCAGUACUUCAAGAACCUGGCAUCGCAGGAUCCGCGCACCGCCGCCACCGCCAAUCCGUUUCUGGAGCACUUUCAGAAGAAGAAGGCGGUGCUGGACUACCUGGACCGCCUGUUCUUCGGCAACUCUCCGUUCCAGCAGCCCAGCGAGAUACCCUUCGAUCCGCACUUCGGUCGCUCCUGGCGUCCAGUCUACGAGCGGAAGUUCGGAUAUCGCGGGGAGCGCCUGAUCGCUGCUUUGGGUUCUGGAUAUUCGGUGCCACAACUGCGCCACUUUGGAGCCAUUCCCCGCGAGUAUGGCACUCCGCACUAUCCCAGUUGAGUGCGGAUUGCACUUGAGCUGCCCUAGAUAGUGUAUUUAUGGAAUAAACUUAAGAAACGAA